GCCGAUCCCAUUUUAUACAACUCAAUAUUAGCCCUGAGAUAAUAUUAACUUUGUGAUCAAAUAUUGACUUGAGGCGCCUCCAAAUCCUCCCCCAUCUCCACGCAGCGCACUAUCCUAACAAAGUUGCUUGACAUGUAGGGGGGGGGAAACUUUUCACUCGGAUUAUAAUUCAUAAGUCUAUACGUAUCUUUUAAAUCAGUUGAUUUUUUGUCAUGUUUUCCACUCAACAAACAUUUGACUUGUUUGAUUUUGGGUGAUUGAUUUAAAUAUUUGUGUUGCAGGCGCGUUUUGUGUGCGAGCACAGUCCUAUAUUAGGUGUCAACAUUUUCAGCGACAUUGUACAUUUUUAGUGGAUUAUCUGACAUCAUUCACUUGCCAUAGCCUAACAGUGGCAUUACACACCUUCUUCAAUAUAUACAGCUGUAUUUUUUCCUAAUUUGGAGGCUAUAUUUCUCGCGUGGAGCAAAACCUUCCACUGUUAGACUACCGUUUCUGUCAUUUAUUUAUUUCAAGGAGUCAUGCACCAAACGAUGUGCUAUACCUCCGUUGGCAACAUGAACACGGGCCUGGGAAUGAACUCUAUGAAUACCUACAUGAGCAUGUCCGGCAUGAGCAGCACUGCCAACAUGACGGCCAACUCCAUGAACAUGUCAUACGUCAACACGGGCAUGAGCCCCUCCAUGACCGGCAUGUCACCGGGAACCGGAGCCAUGAACGGCAUGGGCGCAAGCAUGACGGCCAUGAGCGCAGCCCUGAGCCCCAGUAUGAGUCCUAUGACCGCGCAGCCCGCGUCUAUGAACGCCCUGACAUCCUACACCAACAUGAACGCCAUGAGCCCCAUAUACGGACAGUCUAACAUCAACAGGUCCAGAGACCCAAAGACCUACCGCAGGAGCUACACUCACGCCAAACCCCCGUAUUCCUACAUUUCCCUCAUCACCAUGGCCAUCCAGCAGUCUCCCAGUAAGAUGCUGACACUGGCCGAGAUUUACCAGUGGAUAAUGGACCUCUUCCCUUUUUACCGACAAAACCAGCAGCGCUGGCAGAACUCCAUUCGCCAUUCUUUGUCGUUCAAUGACUGUUUCCUCAAAGUGCCGAGGUCGCCGGAUAAACCAGGGAAAGGCUCCUUUUGGACUCUCCAUCCGGACUCCGGGAACAUGUUUGAGAACGGCUGCUACCUGAGGAGGCAGAAGCGCUUCAAGUGCGACAAGAAGACCAUGAAGGAUCCCAGCCGUAAAGGGGGAGACGGCUCUUCCAACAGCAGUUCUGAGAGCUGCAACGGUAACGAGUCGCCGCAUUCCAACUCCUCCACCAGCGACCACAAAAGGUCCCUGUCGGACAUGAAGACGAGUCAGGCCCUGAGCCCGGAGCACGCCGCCUCCCCGGUGUCUCAGGGGCAGCACCUCAUGUCUCAGCAUCACUCGGUUCUUGCGCACGAAGCGCACCUGAAGCCGGAGCACCACUACUCCUUCAACCACCCGUUCUCCAUCAAUAACCUCAUGUCCUCGGAGCAGCAGCAUCACAAAAUGGACCUAAAGACUUACGAGCAGGUGAUGCAUUACUCUGGCUAUGGCUCUCCUAUGGCCGGGGCUCUUUCCAUGGGCCCCAUGGCGGGGAAAGCCGGUCUGGAUUCCUCAUCCAUACCUGACACAACUUACUAUCAAGGCGUCUAUUCCAGGCCAAUCAUGAACUCCUCAUAAACCUCCAUAAGAAAUGGACUUUGUUCCCCUCCAAUUUGUACAUUUGUAAAAACAAAAAAAUAUAGACUUUGUGUACAAUAUGUAUUUCAAAUAUUUUUGACGUUUCCCACUGUUUUAGUUGUCGAGUUUGUUAGUAGCCUAAUUAUUUUAAGAGGAUGUUGAUAAUUAUAAUUAAAAGUAAUGAUAAUGUGACGAGAUCUGUUCAGAAGUCGGCUUCAGGAAUGGACCCCAAAGACAACAACAACAACAACAACAACAACAACUUGCUGUAAAAUAGCCUACAUCUGCGUUACUGGAUUUCGAAAUGAAUUUAAAUGCCUCGCAGGAUUUCUUCAAUCAUUUGUGUAAUUCCUAUUUAUGGCUUGUAUAUGUGUAUUCUUGUAGUGACAAGAGCAGAAUCUAUAUUAAAGUGUUAUUGGUUUUGUUUUC